AUGUUAACAGUUACUGAACCUUGUGAAACUACGGUUACAGCCGUUAUAUCGCCAUUGCCAUCUGGUGGGUCGACAAUUAUUCCUGCUUCUACUCCUUUAUCUACCACAGUCAUUACUUCUGUGGGUUUUACAACAAUUACUACAGUCUCUGCAGGUUCUUCAGUUACUAUUACCGAACCUUGUGAUACAACCUACACAGCAGUUGUUUCUCCACUUCCAUCAGGCGGUGUCACUACUAUUCCUAUUUCUCUUAUUUCCACCACCACUCAUGUUACUUCUACUGGUUAUACCACAAUCACUUCUGUUUCUUCAGGAAACACAAUUACAGUUACCCAAUCAUUGGAAACAACUUAUACAGCAGUCAUUACUACAAUAUCACCUAUUCCUUUAACUUCGUCUGGUUCUACAAACCAUGCCACUACAAUUUUUGUGUGUGACGAAUGUUCGACAGCUUUAGUCACUACAGAAUCUGUUACCACAGCUAUUUUGACAUCUGGAAGUGAAACAUCUACAAUCACUCAAACAAACGAAGUGGUGAAUACUGUUAUUGUUUCUCCUGUCACAUCGACAAUCAGCACCUUUACAUAUUCUGAAAUUUCUAGUGAAUCUUGCAACGAGUGUUCUACAUAUGUUGUUGCUUCGCUAACUACGGUAGGCUCAGUAGUUACCUCUCAGGGUAUCACAACGACUUCAUAUUUGCCUUCAGUUGUCCAGAACACUUUUAUAGAGUCGCCUGUUGUUUCGACAGGUUCCGUGUAUAUCACUUUUGCGGGUCCAACAAGUACACAAUACUCUGAACAAUCGUCAAUAUUGAGUAGCACUGGGUCCAUUAGUGCUAUUUCAAAUGGUGUAUCUGUUGGGGUGACUGGAUCUAGUUCUUCAAUUUUUUCAGGUUCGGGUACAAAAUCGUCAUCUUCAGAAACACAUGUUUUACCUCAGAUUAGUUCAACAACCGAAACUACAUUGGCACAAGUUAAUGAGGCUAGUCACUUGAAUUUCACAGUUUUUGGUAGUGUUUUUGCAAUUUUUGUUUCAUUUUUUAUUUUGGUAUAG